CUUAUUACAAAAAAAAAGCAAAAAAAAAAAAAAUGACAACAAUAUACGGUACAAAUCCGACGGCAGCUAACGACCUAGCCCCAAAACUCGAAUACAUCACACGCACCAACAACAACCACCACCACGUAAGACCCGGUCUAGCCACACGCCGUCCAUGGAAGCAAAUGCUAGACCUACGCUCCUUCCACUUCCCACGUAAGAUAGCUUCAUUGAUCACCAGAAUAAAAACCAACAUCGUUUACUUCCAAACCAACUACACCAUCCUCGUCCUCUUCUCAGUGUUUCUCAGUUUGAUAUGGAAACCCUUCGCCCUCUUAAUCCUACUCGCUAUUAUUGGUUUGUGGUUGUUCCUUUACUUCCUCCGUGACGAGCCGCUCACUGUAUUCGACCACGAGAUCGACCACCGUGUUGUCCUUAUUGUCAUGUGUGGUGGUUGUAUUGGUACAUGCAGCUGUUAGGAAAACCGAAGACAUGUGCCCAAAUGGUGAUGAAACCAGUCCUCUGCUUCCUCAAGUAUAAAAUGAUCUUCAUUUGCUAGACUAUAUCACAUUAAUGAUUUAAGAUUGUUUAAUAAUUGCCUUUGUUUAAAAAAAACUUUUAUCAAGAAAAUCUUUUUUAAGUACCGUUGUUUAUUAGCGUUUAAUGUUUGUUUAUUUUCUAUUAUAUUUUCUGCUUACUACAAUAUUAAAACAAGGAAACGCAAACUUAAACACAACAAAAGGUGAUGCUCUUUUGUAAUUUAUUAACCUCAGUCUCUU